AUGAGGAUCCCUCAUCCAAAGUGCGUCGAAACUCGUGUUCAGCACGGUCAAGCGUCGUUAUCUAUUAACGGCACCGUUUCGCAUGCAGAUUCGCGGCGAAUAGCCGGCGAAAUAGCGGCGAUUUUCGCUGCGCUCUGUUUACUCAGCGUCCGUCUUUGCGUGUGCAUACUUCCUCCAGUUUUUGAAGAAGAGGAUAUGUAUGAGCGUGAGAACUGGUCUCUUUUUCCUAGCAAUUCAUGGUUUCUGACGAAUGGUGCUUUCGUUUCAACACAUAGCCCACAUACUCAUGUGGACUCGAACGGCUUCACCAUGGCUCCAUGUACAGUCGAAUCUAAAAAUCGUAAUAUCAUUCAUCGACAAGAAAAUAUCAUGAGUUUUGUGGAGCACGCUGAGGAUCGGAGAAUAAAUUCGUUGGAAGUUUCGUGCAGUUUCAAAUUUCUCGACACUUCCAUGCACAUCACGUCACGAAGGGAACGAUCAUGGAUUGACUCAGAUGGAUGUCGCUUGCGCACUCUUGUCGCACUUUCUCGCCUCACAUCUGUUUUCACUCGCUAUCGCUAA